AUUUUUAUAAUAUGGUUGAGCUCAAAAACAGUUUUGAGUAUUUUGAAUAAUAAAAACCAUGAUACAUCUUCUGAUUAUGCUCCUCUAACUUUAGCAGGUAGAAAUACUUGUGAAGUUUUAUAAAAAUACUGGUUUCUAAUAACACUGGUAUAAAUAGGCUCUGGGGUUCAAUAGCUGAUACCUCAAACAAAUCCAAUUGCUUUACUAUACCAGUUAAAUCAAGAUUUCUGGAAGUGGGACUUUAAAGUUUUCCAGGUGUGAUUUUCAUGUGUGAGCUGGGGUGGGACACAUUGUUCUAGAAUUUAUUGAAUAUUUCUCCUUAUUUAGGGCUUGCAUAGAUAGGGUGGCUUUUUUAAAACUAGUUCCUGAUGAGUGGUGGCUUUUUACAUUUAACACUUCACAGAAAAGAAGUGCCCUUGGGGCUGGGGAUUUAGCUUAGCUGCAAAAGCGCCUGCCUUGCAAGUAGGCAGUCGUGAGAUCGAUCCCCGGUACCGGUACCGAUAAAAAAGGAAAGACAAAAAAAAAAAAAAAAAGAGAAAAGAACAGAAAAGACAAGAAGUGCCCUUGUGAUAUCCUUGUCACUGGAGGCUGUAACUGCAACCGAUCCUGUCUAUCCCUUGAAAAAUUAAGAUACCAGCCCUGCUUUUCCCCUCUGUGCCCUUGUGUAUCACCACGUAUGUAGCAGGGCCUUCUGAAUCAUCUGUUUUCCUAAGGAGAGAGGUCUAAGCAUUUUGGCAUGUACUGAAAUUUUUAAAAGGUUUAUUAGGAAUUCAAGUUAUUAGGAGUUAAAGAUUUCUAGACAGCAUAAUGUAGAUUGACUGGUAUCUGGAAUGGAGCUCAAGACCUCGCGCUUGCCCAGCAGGUGCUGUGCCACUGAGCUACCUUCCUGGCCUAGUUUUUUGGUUUUGUGUACUGGGGAUCGAACUCACGACGUCACACUUGCCAGGCAGAUGCUUAUGCCACUGAGCUAAAUCCCCAGCCCCUUAAAGCAGGUAUUUUUAAAAGGACUGAUCUUUCUUUCUUUGUGGUGCUGGCGAUGAACCCAGAGGCGUGGCGCAGUCUAACUACACAAUGUUCUGAUGAAUUACACUCCCAAGAAAGAUUUCUGACUAAGAACCAUCUUAUCCCAAUUUUAAGGAUGCAUGUGAACUGCUCAGGUCGCAGUGAAGUCCGUGGAAUAUUAAUGUAACCGAGCAACUUGAAAAACUAAGCCCACAAGGUUUCCUUCGAAGUCUGGUUUUACAAAUGUCUCUGGUUAACGACAACAGCCAUCCCUUUAGGGCUCAGCACAAGCAGCUGAAGUUCUCAGGACAAAUCAAUGGCACAAAUGGGGCACCGCCACCUCAGUUUCGCUUCCUUAGAAGCUGCUGUCACAAUGCAGUCAAAACGUGAGGAUCUAAUCCUUUUCCGGCUUCAAAUUAACCUCUGGUUCGCUCCCCUGAGACAGCCACCUGUACGCCCGCCCCUGCUGUCCGGCGGAAUCCCACUCAGCGCUCACCCGAAGUACUUUCCGCUUCUGCUCACUUCCCCUUCCGGGUCGGGGCCCUGCCGGUAUCCGGUCUGGGCAUCUGGUCUGGCAUCCGGUCUUGCGUACUAGGUCCCGAGCGUGGGCCCUUCCGCCCGGCCGUUGCCAUGGCAGCCGGCGGCUGGGUCUGACGGUGAAGUCAGGGCGGUGUUGCGUUGUCGCGCAGAGACUGCGCGGCUCCAGGCCUGCAGGGACCCAGAAUGGGCUGAGGUGGCGGCGGCGGCGGCGGCGAGGAUCGGGCGCGACACCGAAGCCAGGCUUGGAAAUGGAGAUGUACGAAACUCUUGGAAAAGUGGGAGAGGGAAGUUAUGGCACUGUCAUGAAGUGUAAACAUAAGAACACCGGGCAGAUAGUGGCCAUUAAGAUAUUCUACGAGAAGCCAGAAAAAUCUGUCAACAAAAUUGCAACGAGAGAAAUAAAGUUUCUAAAGCAAUUUCAUCAUGAAAACAUGGUUACUCUGAUUGACGUUUUUAAACAGAAAAAGAAAAUUCACUUGGUGUUUGAAUUUGUUGACCACACAGUGUUAGAUGAGUUACAACACUAUUGUCAUGGACUAGAGAGUAGACGACUUAGAAAAUACCUCUUCCAGAUCCUUCGAGCAGUUGAGUAUCUUCACAAUAAUAACGGAUUGAACUCACAGCUUCGUACUUGCAAGGUUAUUCAUCGAGAUAUAAAACCUGAGAAUAUUUUAGUGUCCCAAUCAGGAAUCGCCAAGCUCUGUGAUUUUGGUUUUGCACGAACUCUAGCAGCUCCUGGUGACAUUUACACAGAUUAUGUGGCCACACGCUGGUACAGAGCUCCAGAACUAGUGUUAAAAGAUACUUCUUACGGAAAACCCGUGGAUAUCUGGGCCUUAGGCUGUCUGAUCAUUGAGAUGGCCACUGGAAGUCCCCAUCUUCCCAGCAGUUCUGAUUUAGAUUUGCUCUAUAAAAUCGUUUUAAAAGUAGGCAAUUUGACACCUCAUCUGCAGAAUAUCUUUUCCAAGAAUCCUGUAUUUGCUGGAAUGAUCCUUCCUCAAGUUCAACACCCCAAAAAUGCAAGAAAAAAAUAUCCAAAGCUUAAUGGAUUAUUGGCAGAUAUAGUUGAUGCUUGUUUACAAAUUGAUCCUGGUGAGAGGAUAUCAUGUACUGAUCUUUUGCAUCAUGAGUAUUUUACUAGAGAUGGAUUUGCUGAAAAGUUCUUACCAGAAUUAAGAGCUAAAUUACUACAAGAAGCAAAAGUUAAUUCAUUGAUAAAGUCAAAAGAGAAUUAUAAAGAAAAUGAGCUAUUAAAAGAUGAAAGAAAAACCAUUUUUACCAAUACACUGGACACAGAAAAAGAGAAAAAGCCCAAGGAGAUCAAAGUCACAGUUUUUAAAGUCAGAGAAGGAAAAGGAGAUACCUCAGAACUGCGAAAGACAGAGGGUGAAGGUAGACACGGCCAUCAGGACACAGCGGAAAAUGUUCAUGCUUUGUCUCAAAACACAAAACCUGCAGUCUCCAACCCCCCAAACCCUGCCAUUGCCACCGCCAGCUCCAGUGAUGUGAAGGAGGAGCCCCAUGCUGAAGGCUACAGGAUCAUGCCGCCCAUCAAUCUUACUAACACGAAUUUGAUGGCUGCAAAUCCCAAUUCGAACCUCUUCCACCCCAAUCCAAGGUUAACUGAAAGAGCGAAAAAGAGACGCACUGCUUCGCAAUCUAUUAGACAAGUUAUAUCUAAUAGCAGGCAAGAAGACGUAGGGCCAACUCAGAUGGAGAAGAGUAUCUUCAAUGAGCGCACAAGUCAAAGUGACCAAACAGCAAGUGGCUACAAAAGGAAGCUGAACUUUUGCAGAUUUGAUAGGAAAGAAUUCCAUUUCCCUGAGUUGCCUUUCGCGGUACAGUCAAAGGACAUAAAAGGAAUGGAAGUGAAACAGAUAAAAGUACUGAAGAGGGAGUCAAAGAAGACAGAUUCAUCUAAAAUACCGACUCUACUUAAUGUGGAUCCGAAUCAAGAAAAGCAGUACCGAGGAUUGAACUCACGACUGCCUGCUUACAAGGUGUCCACCAUUUGUAACAUCUUUCCUGGAUGGUGCAGGAAAGGCAGGCUUGACUGACCCUCCUAACCUCCAAGUGGGUCAUGCCACUUGGUCUCCUGGAACCUGGCUACUCUAAGCUGAAGAAUUCUGGAUUAUCCUUCAAGAUACGACUGGAACAUCAGCUUCUAUGGAAAUGCUUUGCCCGCCUUGCCAAGCAAUAAGCCCAGCUUCACCUCUUUGGUACCUGGCUAAUAAACAGCUUGUUUACCUGUUGGACUGCCUCUCUCCCUGCCAGGGCAUAAGCUCACAGCGGCCUGUACACCUUUGGAUUUUCUUUCUUUCUUUGUCUGUACCUCUCCCCACUACCUCUUGCCCAUGUGCCUUGCCCUUAUACCUGCCAUGAGGUCAGUGCUAAUUAAAUGCUAAUUGUUGGAACAGAGAGCUAUGGGGAUUUGAGGUAGGAUCUACUAGAAAUCUCAGAGCUUGGAAUCAAACACUUUAUGCAUCUCUGACACUUGAAAAAGCUAAGAUACGGAGCCAGGGAUUUAGCUCAGCAGCACAAGUGCCUGCUUGGGAAGUGCAAGAGGUCAUGAGUUCAAUCCCUAGUACCAAAAAACAGAAAACAAAAAGAACAGCAUGAGUUCAAUCCCUAGUACCAAAAAAAAAAAAAAAAAAAAAAAAGUUAAGAUACUUUUCCCCAAAAAAGAAGCACCUGAACAAGAAAACUGUAUCCACUAGUACAUAUACAAAUGUGUAAAAAAAAAAUCUAUAAAACCAGGAAAUCUUAAUGAGAUAGGCCAAUUGGAUCAGUAAUAUCAAAGUUGGGGUAUGGUACUACAGUAUCCCAAAAUGUUACCAUAGGGACAUGAAUCUAUGUAUUGUUAAAACU